CCGAACCAAACGCGGCCGAGAUAGCCAGUCUUGUUUCCGACAGAGCUUGUCCAACACCUUCAAUGGUGCUUCAAUAACGAUGUCAACAUGCAAAGCAGCCAUCCGCCAAUGGCCUCGUUAUCUCCGUCGCCAGGCACCUCUCACCUCCGUUCCGCAUAUUAGCCGGCCGGUACUCCAACAUCCUGCUCUGCGCCGUACUUACGCCUCUAUCUCCGCCGCGGAGCUCAAAUUCGGCCAGCCGCUACACGAGACGCAUCCCCAUAUCCUGAACCCCGGAGAACUCACACCUGGGAUAACGGCUCUCGAGUAUGCUCAACGCCGGUCACGACUCGCCAACAAAUUACCCAAGUAUGCUGUCGCCGUGCUCGCUGCUGCAGAGGUCACGUACCGUGCCUCGGGAAUAUUCAACGAAUACCGACAGGACUCGAAUUUCUUCUACUUGACAGGUUUCAACGAACCCAAUGCGUUAGCCAUCGUCGCGAACGACGGGUCCGGGAACAAUCACCUCUUUCAUCUCUACGUCCGGGAGAAGGAUGCCAAAGCCGAACUUUGGGAUGGAGCUCGCUCUGGCACCCGUGCAGCAAUCGACGUUUUCAACGCGGACGAAUCGGGAGACAUUGAACGCAUCGGGGAUCUCCUUCCUAAGAUCCUUGCGGAUGCCACAAAAGUCUAUACGGACAUUCCGGCCUUCAACCCUGGAAGGUCAUCCUUGCACCGGUACCUGUACGGCCCUACGGGAGCAUCCGAGAAGCUCAAGAAGCUGGUCGACUACCGGAAGGUUAAGUCAUUGCGCCCCAUUCUCAACGAGAUGAGAGCCUUCAAGAGCGAGGAUGAAGUCGUGCAAUUGCGCCGUGUUGGACAGGCUUCCGGGAGAGCGUUCACCGAGUCCAUGAGGCAGACAUUUACCAAAGAGAAGGACUUGACUGCUUUCUUGGAGUACAAUUUCAAGCGCAAUGGCUGUGAUGGCAGCGCAUUCGUCCCGGUUGUCGCGGGUGGAUCUAAUGCCCUGAGUAUUCACUAUACCAGAAACGAUGACGUUUUGAGGGAUGGGGAUAUGGUUCUAGUCGAUGGAGGUGGCGAGGCAGGCACUUAUAUCUCCGACAUCACCAGAACCUGGCCGGUUAACGGCAAAUUCUCCGAUCCCCAGCGUGAUCUGUACAACGCCGUGCUGAGUGUGCAUCGCAGCUGCAUCUCCCUCUGCAGAGAAGAUGCUGGGCUCACUUUGGACCGGUUGCAUACCAUUGCCGAGAAUGGCCUGCGAGAGCAGUUGAUACAGCUUGGGUUUAAUAUCUCUGGUGAUGCCAUGGGCAUUCUUUUCCCUCACCACCUGGGUCACUAUGUUGGCCUUGAUGUCCAUGACUGCCCCGGGUAUUCCCGCGGCUACAACCUUAAAGCAGGCCAGUGCAUCACCGUGGAACCUGGUAUCUACGUCCCUGAUAAUGACCGUUGGCCGGAGAAGUUCCGGGGUAUCGGUAUCCGCAUCGAGGACAGCGUCUGUGUCGGAGAUGACAGUCCCAUUGUGCUCACCACGGAGGCAGUCAAAGAGGUUGAUGAUAUCGAGGCUCUCCGUGAUUAGGGGUCGAGGACCGCAGUCGUGUAUACAUAGAUACCCUUGCAUAUGAUUGUAAAAUAGUGAACCGGAUAUUGGAAGGAAGUAAGCAGUCCAAGGCCAGGUUGAGUAAAAAGUAAACAGAGAAGAAUCCG